CUUAUGGUGGUGAGUCGCAUCAACUCAAGUCAUUGGAAUAAUCUGCGUGACAGUAAAAUUUAAGAUUGCGAUAGUGUGGAAAUUACUGAAAAUGACCUUAUGACCAUGUGGUUAAUUAAUAAUAAGAGACAACAAGGAAGGUUGGGUAUAUUCUUUAGUGUUAUCACUCAGCACUUGUCACUCAGACCAAAGGAGCAGCAGAAUGACGGACACUGAUGGGAUUCAGUUAAAAGGUGUCUCCAGCAUAAAUGGACAUGGAGUGGACAAUCCAGCAUUUCAAGCAGAGGAUGAGAAACCGUCAGAUCAACAGAAUGAGCUUCAAGAGGAGGAAACAAAGAAAUCCAAGUCCUUUGUAAAUAAAUUAUUCACGCCUCUCACGGCCACUGAAAAGUUCCUGAAGACCCACUCUAAAAUCAUCAAGUACAUUGCCCUGGGAAUACUUUCAGCAGGCUAUGUGGCGUACUUCAUUGCUGCCUGCUGGCUGAACUUCCAGAGAGCUGUUGCUCUAGUUGUUCUCACCAGUGUGGCAGUGUUCUUCACUGUGUACGAUCUUGUGAAGAAGUACAAGGGUGACAGUAUAAAGCGGUGCUUCAAGCCUGCUGUGAGAUGCUUUAAUGCCAACAUCAGGUGGAUCAAAUGGGUGUUUAUAGUGAUAGUGCUCGGACUGCUGGUGGCAUGGCUGGUAGUAGACACAAGCAAGCGCCCGGAGCAGCUCAUCUCCUUUGGUGGCGUGUGUCUCUUCAUUUUGGGCUUGUUCUUAUUUUCUGCACACAGAAGUGCGGUGCGCUGGAGGACCCUCUUCUGGGGUCUUGGUCUUCAGUUUGUCAUCGGUCUGUUUGUUAUACGGACAACACCAGGAUAUGUAGCUUUCAACUGGCUUGGAGAUCAAGUUCAGACGUUUUUAAACUACACCCAAGCUGGCUCGGCUUUUGUUUUUGGUCAACUGGUUGAAGCAGGAAUUUUUGCAUUUCAGGCUUUGCCUAUAGUGAUUUUUUUCAGCAGUGUUAUGUCUGUCCUGUACUACCUUGGAGUGAUGCAGUGGGUAAUCCUUAAGAUCUCCUGGAUUAUGCAGAUCACAAUGGGAACCUCUCCUACAGAGUCACUGAGUGUUGCAGGGAAUAUAUUUGUUGGACAGACUGAAGCUCCACUGCUGAUUCGCCCAUAUCUGAAAGACAUGACCAAGUCUGAGAUCCAUGCGGUCAUAGUUGGAGGUUUUGCCACUAUUGCUGGCAGUGUGAUGGGAGCUUUCAUUUCAUUUGGGAUUGAUGCUUCGUCUUUGAUCUCUGCCUCUGUGAUGGCUGCCCCUUGUGCCUUAGCUGUGGCCAAACUCUCGUAUCCUGAGACUGAGGAGAGCAAGUUUAAAUCCAAAGCUAAUAUCAAAGUGGACGGCGGGGGUGAACAGAAUAUUUUAGAGGCUGCAAGUGCAGGAGCAUCUGCGUCGAUAGGUCUUGUGGCUAACAUAGCUGCCAACCUGAUUGCGUUUCUUGCAAUUUUGGAUUUCAUUAACGCUGCUUUGAAAUGGCUGGGAGGAAUGGUGGGCUACCCAGAUAUCACUUUUGAGAUCAUCUGCUCAUACGUGUUCAUGCCUGUGGCCUUUAUGAUGGGUAUACCAGUGGAAGAGUCCUUCACAGUGGCUGAACUCAUCGGGACAAAGCUCUUCCUCAACGAGUUUAUAGCUUAUGAGAAGCUGUCCAAGCUGAAAAAUAACCGACUAAACGGCAUCACAGAAGUCGGGCAGUACAUCUCAGUCAGAUCAGAAAUCAUAAGCACCUAUGCUUUGUGUGGUUUUGCCAACUUCAGUUCUCUUGGAAUUGUCAUUGGAGGCCUGUCCUCCAUUUGUCCCUCAAGAAAAAGUGACAUCUCUGCUUUAGUGCUGAGAGCCUUGUUCACAGGCACAUGUGUUUCACUGAUUAACGCGUGUGUUGCUGGUCUUCUUUUCGUUCCUCCCCUGGACUGUAUAGCAGUGUUUAAAGGGACUGUCUUUAAUGCCACUGAUUCUAGUAUCCAAACCUGCUGCUAUGAUCUCUUUGACAGUGCUGUGAGAAAUGGAACACUGGUUUCUUUUGAGGGAUCGUGGAACGUGGUGACAAAUGCGACUGUUUACUUCACUGAUUGUUGUCAACUUUUUAAUGAAACCAUAUGCACUUGAGACCAUUCGAAAGCAAACUUGUACACAAUGUACACAGCUCAUUUUAAACACUGUAAAGAAAUGAUUGUCAUAUGUUAUAAUGUAUUUGCGUCACACAACUCAUUUUUUUUAAUAUGUGGAUCACCAUAAAACAAUGUUGAUAUUUUCUGCUGUAUUAUAUAUUGUAAAUAAUAAAGAGGGAAAUCUAAGACAAUA